GGUGAGGCGGCCUGACGCGUCAGGCGAAGGAGGGAAGAAAGAAUCGCGCGAGUGGUGUGUCGGGUCAGGUUGCCGAUCUGCGUAGGUCGGGAGAUGGUGCCUCAAGAGCGUCAGACCUUUCUCUUCUCCUUCGUGCGGAGGACUUUGGAGUUUCCUCCGGCUCUCCUGCAUUAUCGGGAAGAGUCCAAAGAUUAGAUUGUAAAAAAAGAAAAUAGGAGCCAUGCUUUUUCGAAGACCUGUGUUACAGGUGAUUCGUCAGUUUGUAAGAUAUGAAUCUGAAGUAGUCAGCAGUUUGGUUCUUGAAAGAUCACUGAAUCGCGUGCAGUUGCUUGGGCGAGUGGGUCAGGACCCUGUCAUGAGACAAGUGGAAGGAAAAAAUCCGGUCACCAUAUUUUCUCUAGCAACAAAUGAGAUGUGGCGAACAGGGGAUAAUGAAACAUACCAGAUGGGUGAUGUCAGUCAAAAGACGACAUGGCAUCGAAUAUCAGUAUUUCGGCCAGGUCUAAGAGAUGUAGCGUAUCAGUAUGUGAAAAAGGGGUCUCGAGUUUUCGUGGAAGGAAAAGUAGACUAUGGUGAAUACAUGGAUAAAAAUAAUGUAAGACGACAAGCAACAACAAUCAUAGCUGUUGAAACAGAAAAGAGACACAGAAAAGAGGGAUGUAUAAAGUUUGAAGAAGAUUAAGAAAAUAGCAGAGUUUUCAAACUUCAGGAAAAGAAUUUUGAAAGCAGUAUAACCCUUUGACCUCUACAUAGGCUUUGAGAAGAGUUUUUCAAUGUGAAAUUAUUAUGCUUUGUUUGGAGUAGUGAACUGUAAGUACUCUAGCAAUUUGAUAACCACCAUCUUAUUAAAAAUACAUAAAUAAGUGCUUCAACAUUUGAAAUGUUUGUAUUCCCUUUUUUGGAACUUGUUUUACUAUUUUUAUUUCUUCCUCAAAAGUGUAUUUUAGGCCAGGUGUGGUGGCACAUGCCUGUAAUCCCAGCACUUAGGAGACUGAGGCAGGAGAAUUGCUACAAGUUUGAGGUUAGACUGGUCUACAAAGUGAGUCCAAGGCCAGUCUAAGCUGCAUAGUGAAACUCAAAGACAAGAAGCAUUUUUUAUUUUUGGUUAUAGCAAAAAUACAAUCAUUCUUUUAUAUCGCUAGAGGAUUGGUUCCAGGAUCUCCUACUGUAUAGUAUUUCCAUAUAAGCUACGCAUAUGUCCCCAUAUGCUUUAAGUCAUCUCUAGAUAAUACCUAAAAGUAAAGUAAUAGCAUUAUCAGUGUAAAGUCUGUGCAGUUGUUUAUUGCAUCAUUUAGUGAAUGAUGGCAAGGUAAAGUCUACAUGCACAGUGCAGACGGCAAUUAUUUUCAGAUAUUUUUGAUACAUCUUUGGUUGAAUUUGUGGAUAUGUACCCUAUUCGAUAUUGAGGACUGAUUGUACAUAAAAGAAAUUUUAAAGUAUUUUUUAAAAAUUCUGGGGCUGGGGAUUUAGCUCAGCGGCAUAAGCGCCUGCCUUGCAAGCAGGCAGUCUUGAGUUCGAUCCCCGGUACCGAUAAAAAGGAAAAAGACCAAAAAAAAAAAAAAAAAAUUCUGAGGCAGGCUUUAAAUGAUAUAUUUAUGAGUUAUCGUUACAGUUGCUUUUGUACCUAAGUGAGACCACUUUCAAUAUAUUAACAUAAAACUAAAAUUUUAUUGGAAAUACAUCUUUUAAUGAGAUAAAUCGAUGAUGAACCUUUUAACGCUUUCAAUGAUAUAAACAGCCUGCUAUAGUACAGAUGCCAUAGGUUUGCCACCAGUUAGAUGGUGCCUUAUUUUUUGGAUAAAUUGCUAAAAUUAGGCAUUAUUAAGCCUUAAUUUUUGUUAUUUUGUUUGUUUUUAUUGAUAUGAAAUCAAGAAACCUUAUUUUUAGGAAAAAGUGAGUAGAAAUGAAUAGCUGGGCAUGGGGGUGCCUGCCUAGAGUCCUAGCACUGAUGCGGGAGGAUCCCUGUGAUUCUCAGUCUCAGGUACAUAAUGAGUUAAAGGCCAGCCUGGGCUAUAUAGCAUAAACUUGUCUCCAAAAAAACCUGUCUUACAGUAAUAUCACUGUUUGUAUAUUACUGAGAUUUGCUCAAAUUAUUAUUGUUAUUUUAUUGUGGAAAAUGUCAAACAUACAUAAAAUGUAGAGGGGUUAGUAAAAAAUGAGCCUCCAUCAUUCAGAUUCAUCGGUUAACAAAUGAUGGACCUGUGUUGUUGUUGUUCUUCUUUUUGAGACAGGCUGUUCCUAUAUAGUGCUGGGAUUAUUUGAAAUAAAUGUCAGAUGUUGUUUGGUUUCAGUAGAUGUCUCUGAGAGAUGAGGCAUCUUUUCGAAAAUUUGAGUAUAAUGCUGUUAUCACAGUAUAAUGCUGUAUUAAGAUAUUAUUGUUGCCUGGCAACUCAGUUGAUCUAGCAAGGUCCUAAGUUCAGUUCCCAGUACCCAAAAAGAAAAAAAAGAUACUAGAUUUUUUUGAUUAUUUCACAAACACGUAUAUAUUAUGUCAUAGGCAUCUUAGGUCUCACAAUUGACGUUUUCCUUUUAUAUUCAUCUUACUGUUUGUUCCAGAGUUCAUAUCUUAAGCCAGUGUACAUAUUGAUGUUAUAGUUUUUGUAAACAAUAAUCAUGUCUUCUAAUGAUUUCUUUGAAAGUAUAUUAAUCUUAAAAACCAACAUACAUGUUUUCCUGCCCUCUUUAUUUUUUUCCACUAUUCACUGUAAAACAAAUUUAGGAUUGUUCAGAUCAUUGGAUUGUUAGAUCUAAACCAAAUAAAAAUAUUUCAGUUUGCCUACCACUUGGUUGUUUUCUUUUUACCAGUUAUCAUUGGCAUGGUCAGUUAACUCUCUUUAGUGAUAUCUGAAUUGAAGAAAAUAGAGUUGAAUUUGCUAUUUUACAGACAAAAUUUUUUUCUCUGUAGUUUAUUCCUGAAUUUAAUACUUAUCACCAGUGGGUGGCACUAUUGACUUUUUACAUAAUGAUGUCAAUUCUUACAAUCUCAAGUGUUUUUGAAAUGCCAAUUAUGAAGUGGCGAUCAGAAAUUCAGUCCUGUAAUAAUAUCUUUGUGGAUAAUUUUAUGCUUAAAAGCAUUUAAAAUUUGUGGAAUUAUAUAGGAAAUACUACUUUAUCUCUUCCUUUGCUUGUCUUCAGCUAACAUCCUCUAAAACAGCAUUUGCAGAGUAGUAUCUGAUGUUUUUGAGUAAAAAUUACUACUUUAAUAUUUGUUAGCAAAACUUUUUGCCAAAAUGGGUACAUAAAAGUCAUUUUGUUUUAAAGUUUAAAAAUAAAAUUUCUUAAAUUUAUAUAAAGCAUAAGUUGUCAGGCAUGGUGAUACAGUCCUGUAAUCCCAGCACUUUUUAGGGAGAGGCAGGAGAAUCGCUUGGAUUCAAGGCCAGUCUAAAUUACAUAUCAUGACCCUCUCUCAGAAACCAAAAUAAUAAUAAUAAUAGUUUGCAGUUACUAACAAGGCCAUGUCUAGACCUCCAUCCUAGUUCCUAUAACUAACGUGGAAUGGUCUUCUAUAGAAGUGCAUGCGCCCUGAUUUCAUGGCAUCUCUUGAGCAUUGUGAGCAUCCCAAUUUGUGACCAGCUGUUUAGGAGGAAGUUAUCUCUAGGAAGAUUUUAUCUUAAGUUUCUUCAGGAAAGACAAGAAAUGCCUCAUCUCUUCUAACAAGGUCUACAUUGGUAGACAAACAGUGAGAGCCCAUCUUUCAGCUCCAUGUAUGCCUAUUGUAUAUGCUUCUCAUGAAUGUAGCAGAAAUUAUUUAAUACUCUAAAAACUUGUAGCAGGACUAAAUAUGUGUUAUUAGAAGGGAAUUACUAAAUGGCAUGAAGUUCAGAAAUUAAUAUUUAUACUUCGAUUUCUUUACAGACAACAUUAUCUUUUUGAGUGACCAAACAAAAGAAAA